CACGAAUCGACCAACACCGCCUCCACCACAGUAUGCUGUAGCACGAUUGGAAGCCCUCAGACCGCCCGCGAGGCGUCUAUAAAGCUUCCACACUUCCAACUUCAACUUGACCUCCUACAUCGACAUUCAUUAUGGCUUCCACCGGCGAUUUUGCAGACAUACCGACGCGUCCGAUGCGUGUCAAGAUUCUCUACACCUUCGAUUCUGAGAGCAAGACGACGUGUCUGGCUCGGCUUCCAUCGACUUUGAACAUUCCUGCCGUAGCGAUAGAUGAGCAGUCUCAGGUCGGCGUCAUCGACCUUCAGCAAUGCAUAGACGCCAUGGUAUCCGCCUCUCCCGAGAUCAUGUCACAAUUGGAAAAUGGCGACUUCUCCGUCUACUCCUAUGACUACAGCGAAUACGACGCGCCUGUGGUCGGCCAAGGUCGUAUGUCCUCGCUAUUGGGCAAUUCCAUGCCCGUCGUCGAGGAUAGCAAGACGAUGAUCACAGGACGAGUCUGCAAGAACAUUGCCAUAUUCAACAACGGAGUCAAGGAGACGCUUGAGGUCAAGUUUAAACUGACACCGCUGGCCCGACCAUCGCGAGCCCCGAACAAUAUCGACACAUUUCGCAGUGCGAGUCCUGCAACUUCGGCUGGCUUCGACCCGAAUGCGUGGAACACUUCCAUGCAGAGUAAGCCCCAGCAACAGUCCAACGAGUAUUUCGACUUUGGUAUGGCCUCAAUGGGUGAAGGGUCCGAUACGGCGUCGCUGGAAGAGCUAUUCGGCAUGGCUACGGAAGGCAGUGGGGAAGCCACUGCUCAGCAGCAGCGCGCGUCCGUGGGAGUCUCACAGACCCCGACAGACUCUGCGUUUGCCUCUUACAACCCCGCAUUUUUGACUCAUUCUCACAGCGCACCAGGCAGCCGAGCUGGAAGCCCUAUGGUAGUCUCCAGUUCGAGCUCUCGGAGUGAGCUGUUACGUCACCAAAGUUUUUCAGGGAAUGCACCCAGUCUUACGGAUCAAACGCGUCCCGAUUCACGUGGCAGUGUUCGAAGUGAAUCCUUUUCAUCCCACAUGCAACAACAGCCUUUACAGGCAUUCGAACAGCAGACCGCGCAACAAGAAACCGAGAGCUUUUACAACGAAGAUGGCCAGUCACGCAAACGUGCCAAGGUCGUACAAGCAGACUGGCGUGGAAAAUCCUCGUUUGGCUCAAAAUCUGCUGAUCUUCGUGUAACUGCCGCUAAAUCGUCCUCGAUGCAGAUGUUUAGACCAGUUGCUAAGCGACCAACAGCGCCUGGUACCAAUCUUGAGCCGCCUCCACGUGCUCCGACUCCCGUACCACAACGAACUAGACCUGUGCAGCCGCGACUGCAAAGUGCUGUUGGAAGAAGCUCACUUCGACAAGCAUCCGUGGCGGACUCUGAUGCCAUGUCUGAUGUAGAUCUAAUGUCGGACGUCAUGACUUCACCCGAGGGCAGCUCUCCCGGCAAUAGUAUGAACGGCGACGGCACGCCGAUGGAUAUCCCUUCGUCGCCUCCCAUUGUGCCUGGCUACAAUCACCCACAACCCAGCAGCCCAGGUCUGCCAACUAUGGCGUCGCACAUGGCUGAUAGUGGAUACAUGAGUGGCGGAUUCCGCAGUGGCACCAUCAUGGAAAGCAUGGAGGAUGACGCGGAUCGCAGUCCUGAUGCUGAGUACGUCCAGAUGGCUCGACGCUACCAAUCGAGCAAAGGCCCACAAUCGACCCUUGUUAAGAGCGAGGGCUCUCCGAUUGAAGCUACUCCUGCGCCGUACUCAGACAUGCAUUUCAGCAGCGAUGUUCCAGAUGUGGAAGCCGGUACACGUGGCAGAUCUCAUGGGCAAUCGCAAUACCGACAGCAAGCCCCACGGGCUAUGUCUGCAAUGUCUCCUCCCGACGAUCAAGUCUCACAGUCAAGACGAGGCUCGCUAGCGUUACCCACGAAAGCUCCUGUCAAACAGCCCAGACGGCUGUUGGCGCGCACAAAUACAGCGAAUGAAUCCGAAUCGGGCUCGCCAGCGCCACAGGAUGCCGAAGCACGCUCGAAAGGCCCGCGAUCGGGAUCUAGUGCGCCUCGACGACAAAUUAUCGAGCAGCGUUUACAAGAGUCCAUUAGCAAGGGCGUUAUGCCCCAGUUCUGCUCUCAUUGUGGAUCCAUCGAAACGCCGACUUGGCGAAAGCUGUACGUCAAGACGGUGGAUGGUAAGCCCGGGCCACUGGAUUCUGUUGCAGGAGAGGGUGAAACAGUAGCGGUGAAGGUGACUGAGCACAAUGAAGAUGGUGAGCCUACCAGGUUCCAAAUCCUCAAGACCAUGAAAAAGACCAAGGAUAUGGUCAUCGGCAAAGGAUUUGAGUACAACGUACUCUGCAACCCCUGCGGGUUGUGGUUCAACAAGUACUGCAACAUGCGACCGCCCGAGAAGUGGGCACGCAAGUCUGGAAAGAAGGCCACCAAGAAAAGGGGAGAUUAUGCUACGGACGAGCCCGCGUCCGAAGCAUUCUACAGCGAGCAGAUCAUGCCAGAAGAAACCAACAGAGCGGCUGCUCCUCUUCCUCAUGCGCCUGCUCCAAUACCUCAAGCGGAGGUUGACAAGUCUGCACCUACACAGACAGGUCGACGACGCCGUGCGAGCAGUCUUGAGACUCAGCCUCGCCGUGCAGCCAGCGACGAUGGCAAUGUACGGAGACCUCAUCGCGACCCAGAGUACAUGCGUGCCAUUCAGUCUAGUCCUGUCCGAUCUCAUGGGUCAGAGGCGAGUCCAAUUGAGGUGGACCUUACGCCCAACCCAACACGACGCUUGAUCUUUCCAUCGCCUCGCCGCGAUGGCGAAGAAAAAAGCCUUGAUAACCAUGGUAUCUCGCGUACCGAGUCUGCACCUCUUUCGAUGACUGCACAGACUGAGAAGCCCACUGCAGAGGUGAUAGCUCUCGCCGGAGGAAACGAUGUCAAUGUCUUCGAAGCUUUCGCGUACGAUAAGGAAAACAUGGCUCCACCUUUCGACGAGGAUGGCGACCUGUCACAUCUAUUCGAAGGCUCGCCGGGUGCUGUCUUCAAGACUCCCGCUCGUAAGACACCUGCCAAGCGUAACAUUACGCCACUGUCGCAAAAGCAGAUUGGACCGGACGUUCUGCUCAAGACGCCAUCCCAAAACAGCCGCAAGCGGAAGCCACUCACACCCAGCGCAAACGCAGCAAAUAACGCUGACAUGAACGGUGUCAACGACUUCAUGACUUCACCAUCGUCAACACGAUACUUUUUACGCUCGACUCCGAGCAGAGUCGAACGAACUCCAGGAGGCCGCACUGUAAGCGGUGGCAGCAACAACGGGUCGACUGAAGUCUCCCCAUUCUCGAGACACCUUGCGCAGAUGCUGAACGAUACGGACAACAUGGGACAGAAUGCCCAAUUCACGAGCCCGACAAGCAGACAAUUCGACUUUAGUGACUUGCCCACAUUCAACACACCCGGACGGGAGAUUGACUGGAAAGGUCUUGAUGAUAUUAUGAGUAGUGACUUUGCCAGUUAUGAUAAUGGUAGUAUGGCUUUUAGUACAGACCUGCCGGGUGGGCAGCAGCAGCAGCAGCUUUAGCGAAGCAUGGCCGGUAUGGAGAUGUAUCGAUACAUGAAUUGGUAGAGAUGGAAAAGAAUGAGCCUCGGAUAAGUAGAUGUAUCCUGUGUAGUAU